AUGAUCAUCAAAAAGACUUUCAACGAUUCUGAGGAGGUUUUGGUAUCGAAAAAAGAGCUUCGCAAUUUUGUACUCCGAUGUCUUGAGAAAGUUGGUUGCGAUCAUUCACACGCUCAACAACUCGCUGAUAUUCUCAUUUGCUCCGAUUACAGAGGUCACUACUCACAUGGAGUGAACCGGCUUGGCAUCUAUGUACACGAUUUGGCCACCGGAUCAACGGCGCCUCAAGGCGAACCCUUCAUCAUCAAACAGAAAGGCGGCACCGCCUGGGUAGACGGGAACAAUCUUCUUGGCGCUGUUGUGGGCAAUUUUUGCACUCGAUUAGCUGUACAGAAGGCAAAAGAGCAUGGAAUCGGGAUGGUGGUGGCGAAAAAUUCGAACCAUUUCGGCAUCGCCGGUUGGUAUGCACAAUACGCGAUGGAAAUGGGUUUCAUUGGAAUGGCCUUUACAAACACGUCACCUUGCGUCUUCCCGACGAGAUCCUCGGAGAAAGCGCUUGGAUCAAAUCCCAUCUGUUUCGCUGCACCAGCGCAAAGUGGAGACAACUUUUUCUUGGACAUGGCCUCGACGACGGUCGCUUUCGGAAAAAUAGAAGUGGUCGACAAACGUGGAGGGAAAACGAUUCCCCCGUGUUGGGGCGCUGAUGCAAAUGGACGAGAAACCACGAAUCCGAAGGUGGUUCUAAAUGGUGGUGGACUUCAGCCGCUUGGUGGCUCGGAACCAACCGGUGGUUACAAAGGAACUGGUCUUUGCAUGAUGGUUGAGGUGCUUUGUGGAAUUCUUGGUGGAGCCGCUUUCGGCAAAAACGUUCGCAUGUGGCAGACAACGGAUACGACGGCUGAUUUGGGACAAUGCUUUAUGGCCAUAGACCCUGAAUGCUUUGCUCCGGGAUUUGCAGAAAGACUACAAUCCUUCCUUGAUCAAACGAGAUCUUCCGACGCGAUUGAUGAUGACCCAAUUCUCGUGGCUGGGGACCCUGAAAGAGCCCACAUGGCAAUGUGUGAUGAUUUGGAUGGGCUUGUCUACAAGAAAAGCCAACUCAAACAUUUGGCCGACCUUGCAAAUCGUUAUGAUGUCGAGAUGCUCAAAACUAAAGUUCAUCUAUCAGCCCAACAAGCU